AUGUCAGCUACCAGGGCCAACAAGGACAUUUUCACACUAUUCGACAAGAAGGGCCAGGGCGCCAUCGCCAAGGACUCGUUGGGAGACUAUUUGAGGGCCAUUGGCUACAACCCCACCAACCAGUUCGUGCAGGACAUCUUGAACGCGGACUCCAGCUUGAGAGAUGCCUCCAGCUUGACAUUGGACCAGAUCUCCAGCCUGAUUGAGACCAACGGGAAGGAAUUAGACGCCACCACCAGUGCAAAGACUGAGGACUUCAUCAAGGCGUUUYAGGUGUUUGACAAGGAGGGCACAGGAAAGGUCUCUGUCGGUGAUUUGAGGUACAUGCUUACAGGCCUGGGAGAAAAGUUGACUGACGCUGAAGUGGACGAGCUGUUGAAGGGCGUUGAAGUGGACAACAACGGCCAAAUAGACUACAAGAAGUUCAUCGAGGACGUCUUAAGACAAUGA